CUACCUUGUUGCAGAAUGUCAACAAAAUGAAAAACCGGCAACAUUUUUAACUUUGAUGAUUUCUUGCAGUAAAGAACAUGACAACGAGUUGCAUUUACAUUUUCACAAUUCUUCUUUACGUAUCUUCAGCUCUAAAACUAUUUCAGCCAAGAGAAAUAAUUCAUUUAUUAGAAAAUUCUUGCUUACUGGCAGUUCUUGUCGAUAGUGAUGACGUGUUCCUAACAGGGGACACAGGACAACUAUUGAGGUCGUUAUCUGAGGUUUCUUUUCAAUCAGAACCAUUUGUACAAUUAGGGUACAUCAAUUUGAAAUCCUUUAGGUGGCAAAAUAAUCAAACGCUUCAGACAAUAAAACGAGAACAUCCUUCAGUGAAUGAUAUAGUUUUAUUUCCAAAAUCAAAGAUAGAUAGAACAUGUUUACUUCCAGCAAAACCUUUGAUGCCAAAUGUUAAUCCGUACAAAGGUUCAAGGUCAAUCAAUUUAUUAGUAGAUUUCAUCAAUAAUUAUUGUGGUACAUACCGAACAGUAAAAGGUAGUGUAUCUUAUGAAGGUCUUCACCGAGAAGAAAUUCUGAAGAAUUUGUUUUCAGUAUCAAGCAUCUCAGAUGUUACAUCGAAUUAUGUAUUUCAAGAGCAAGUUGAUGAUGAAUCAUGUGACAAAAAUACAAAUAAGAAAGAAAAUAUAAUCUGUGAGGAUAAACAUGAGCAUCCAAAAUCAUUUCAGAAGACUAUCAACCAAAAACAACAUGAGAUUCCAAAAUGUGAUCGAAUAAAAGUCCCAUCAAAAGAUGAAUUUUUUCAUGACUACCUCAAAUUAUCAAGACCAGUCAUUAUUGAAGGAGCUAUGGAAUCAUGGCCGGCUAUGACAAAAUGGUCAAAUAAAUUCCUGCGUGACGAAUAUGGAGAUAACAAAGCUCACAUUAAAUUAACACCAAGAGGAGAAUUUGAAGGAGUUGAAUCCUCAGAGUUGUGGGACAACUAUAAAACAUUUAGAAUUCCAGAAGCUGUACAUAAACAACUUGAGUUUUCUGACUUGGUUGUUGUCCGUCCAGCCACUCUUAGUAUGAAGUUUUCUGAACUGGUUGAUCUAAUAGAAAAUGUUUCUGAUGGAGUAGUAAAAAAUGUCUCUGCUUAUUUAGAGUAUUCAUCAAUACCUAACCAUUUACCAGAGUUAGAAGAUGAUAUAAGGGAGAUGCCAUUCAUUACUGAUGUUUUAAACAGACAACAUUUAAACAUUUGGUUUAGUGAUGGGAACACUCUAGGAAAACUACAUUUUGAUCCAUUUGAUAAUUUUUUAUGCCAGAUUAGUGGACAGAAACAAGUACUAUUAUUUGAACCACAUGACAAUACAAGGCUUUAUGAAGCUCAUAUUCCAGAGGCAAUGUUAGCCUACAACCAUUCCACUAAAAAGUUUAACAGGAACCAGUUGGCACAGAGUACAUCCAUGGUUAUGUCCCCUGUUGACAUAAAGAAGGUUGAUUUUAAAAGGUUUCCAAAGUUUGCCAGCACUUAUCCACUGAACUGUACAUUAAAUGAAGGGGAUGUCCUUUUUAUGCCUUCAUUCUGGUGGCAUGAAGUACAAUCUGUUCCAAACAGAAAAGAAAAACGAAAUCUAGCAGUCAAUUAUUGGUAUGAACCAUUUCUGACCAAGGAAUUUCCAUGUCCCACAUGUAAACUGGAUGUUAACCCAAAGUAUAGACACUUACUAUAAUUACUGAACUCUUUUAUAUUAUAUUAAAAUGUCUUAAAAAGAAA